AUGACAAUAAUGAGAACGAUAAGAAUUCUAACAAUAAUAAAAAUAAUUCAAAUGAAAAAAAUCAAUCAAAUUCAUCGAAUAAAAAUGAAAACAAGAAUUCGGACGAAAAUAAAAAUGAGAAUAAAGAUAAAAAGAGAUCAAAUAUCGAAAAGAGAGAUGAGGAAUAUCAUUAUGUGAUCCCACAAGUAAUUGUAUUUACUUCAGGAAACGGUGGCACACCUGGAAUAAAAGAGAAAUAUAGUGGAAGCAAAAAUGUAUUGAAAAAAGCUCUUCUUGGCAUUACUUUGGUGACCUUUGAAGAUAUGAAAACUUUGAGGUUAUUAGCUGAAAACGGUAAUGAUAGAAUUUCAAUAAACCCAGAACAAGGACCAUGGUUGGCAUUAAUGUCAACAUAUAACGAUAAAAGUUAUAGCGUUUCUUCAGGAAAAUCAAAAUUUUCGCUUUAUCCUGCCGUUGUAAUUAUUUCGCUCUGCUCUGCAUUAAUUCUUGCAUUGAGUCCUGGUGACAUCUAUGAAUAUCGCAUGCCAACUUUAGUUCGCAAUUUUAUAACUUAUUUUGAAGAAAUGUUAUUAUACAUAAUAUUUGCAAUUAUUGAAAUACCUUGGAAAUCUAUUGCAUGGAAUGUAUGCCGGAAAAAUUUUGUAGUGCGCGUGAUCUCUUUUGCCAAAAUAGAUGAAUCUUGGGCUGCGAAUACAAUAAAGAUAGCUUUUAUUUUCGAUUCAUUGACAAUAGUCUUGAUAACGCUAGAAUUCAUUUGUUUUGGAUUAUUUAUACUUUUCGCAUUGAAGAAUCGAAUUGCUUUUCAGAUAUUUGAUGAGAAUCGGAAACGUAUUAGAUUAAAGGUCUCUUUUUUAAUGCUUAUGAUAAUCAUUUCAGUUUCCUCGUCCAUUAGUGCUCGGUCUCUUGAUUUUCUUUCGCCUACUAUAAAAAAUUUCUGGAUAAUAGAGAUAUUACAAGAAUUAGCAACAGUUCUGGGCUGCACUAUAGUUUUCAUUAUUCUUAAAGACAAGAUAUUUGCACGUCAAAGCAUCAAAAACAUUUCACAUCGUAAAACUACCGUUUCUUUAUCGACAAAUUCUGGUAGCAUUUUGGCUGCUGUUGAUUUUCAUUCAUUUGAUGGUAACUUUGAGAGCAAUUACGAAAAAGAAAAUGAUGACGAUAACGCGUCACUGUUUCAAGAACUAUUUAAAGACUAA